GCGCGCGGCUGCAGCGGGGCAGGCUGGGAAGCGUAGUUCGGGGCGGCGCUCGGCAGCCGCGCGGAGGCGGGACCCCUUGCCCCCGGCUGUCACCCCGGGCUUCCCCACUCCUCCCCUGCAGGUGUUCUCCCGAAAUCUGCAUCCCGACCCCGUGACCGCUGUGCAGACGAGGAGGACCUCAGCCUUGGGACCAAGCUGUGCGGGCUCUUUUGAGAAGCUCGGGGCUAUGGACAGGGUGGUUGGCAAAGGCUCUCCAAGCUUGUGAGGAGCAGCUGGGUGCGCCGCGGGAGGCAGGACGCGGAGGAGCAGGCGCCCGCCAUGGCCGGCCCGCAGGUUUCCGCCGCGGCCUCCAGCCCGCCGCCCCCGCGGAACGGCCCUCCGCAGCCCCUGUGAGGAGGAAGAGGAGGAGGCGGCGGCGGACGAGGCGCCGCCCCCUUGGCGAGCUUCCCGAGCCGGCGGCCUCCGCAGGACCCAUGGCGGAUCCCUCGCCCGCGCCGUCCCUGCGGGCAGGCGGCCCCCGCGCGUCGCGGCCCUCGGCCCCCUCGCCGCCGCCGCGCUCGCGCUCGGGCUCCGAGGCCGAGGAGGCCGAGCUGUCGCUCAGCCUGGCGCGCACCCGGACCCGCUCGUACGGCAGCACGGCCAGCGUGCGGGCGCCGCUGGGCGCCGGCGUCAUCGAGCGCCAUGUGGAGCACCGGGUCCGCGCCGGCGACACGCUGCAGGGCAUCGCGCUCAAGUACGGAGUCUCGAUGGAGCAGAUUAAAAGGGCAAAUAAACUGUUUACCAAUGAUUGUAUAUUUCUGAAGAAAACUUUGAACAUCCCAGUUAUAUCAGAGAAGCCUUUGCCGUUUAAUGGACUUAACUCAUUAGAUUCUCCAGAAAAUGAAACUGUUGAUAGUUUUUCUCAUGAAGAAGAGCUGGUGGCGGCUGGGGAAGACCUUUCCCCUCCCAGUCUUCAAGAAUCUGAUGCUCAGGCCAUACAGCCCGAGGAAGUGUCAGCCAGAGAUUUCCUGCAGAGGCUGGACUUGCAGAUUAAGUUAUCAACACAGGCAGCCAAGAAACUAAAAGAAGAGAGCAGAGAUGAAGAAAGUCCCUAUGCAGCUUCCCUCUAUCACAGUUAGAUGAUCAGGAGGCAUGAUCUAACUUGGAUGAAGAGAUGGUUGGAUCAUAAAGAAACCAACAACUGAUGAUUCAAAAGCAUCCCUUUUGGAUUCUGAUAGCAUACAUCCUUAAAUCACAAUUAAGUAGUUCCACCUACGUCAAUUGCACUGAAGUGACUAGUUCCCUCUGGCUUUGUAUGAUUUUCAGUCUUUAUUAUGGCAUGAUAGCAAAAUUGUAUCUUAAAGCUCAUCACUUUUGUAGGUGGUGGUAGUUUUUAGACUAGGUUUUGUAAAUACUAGUUGACAUAAAGCCUCAAAGACUAUUUACAUAUUCAGGCUAAAAUCAAUGUUUAUCUCCUGAGAAAUCCUAAUUAUGUGAAAAACAUGGUUGCUGUUGAAGUGAUGCUGAUUUUGCUAUGUGUUUAUAACUUAAGUGCUAUAUAUAUAUAUUUCAAUAUAUAUUACAUAUUCUGUAUGACUAUAAAGAAACAAAUUUUGUCUGCUAUUUUGUAAAAAUAAACUACAAAAGUCUGA